AAGGAAGCAUGGAAUUGAAGAAAUAUGAUGAUGGAUAAUCUCGCUCAUCGUUGUAUAUUCCUAAACAAGAAUAAAGAUAGGCAAGCGCGAUUGCCAAGAGCCUAUCUACUCCUUCUAAACAAUCCCUCCCUACAAGCCGCCAAAACCACAUACUAGCCUCUGAAUAUAGCAUAAAGCCAAAAGAAAAUGGGUGGUUCCAGAACUGAUCAAACAAAAUAGAGGAUGCUUCUUCUUUCCCUAUGGCUAUUCAUAUUGAAGGGAAAGCUUCUGUGCUCUCCCAAUACCAAUCUUGUGGUACGAAGAACACCUACAACUGCUAUGCCUGCAAUGAACCCUAAUUCUCCUACUUGUAUUGCCAUCUAUUCAACAACACCGCGCGCGCAGCCACAUACAUCCCUUCUUUCUCUUCCAAGACACCUUCAAAGUUAGUAACAACAAGAAUUUAUAAAUAAAAAGACUUGUUGUUCCUUCUCUCUUCUCUGUAUGGAUCAUCAUCACCAGCCCACAAACCAAAAACACCACCUUCUUUAUUUUCCCCUCGUAAUCAAGAGAGAACUUGUCUAUGCAAUCUCUUUUGUCAUUGUCGUGGCGUCUUCAUUCUUCGUCUUUAAUCUUCUUGGCUCUUUCGAUCCGCGAUCUGUCUUUCGCUUUGGUUUCAUAAAGAACGAUAAAGACUCAUCACAGUCGGCCUGUGAUUAUUCUCGUGGAAGAUGGGUUUGGGAUGAAAGUUACAAGAAUCUAUCCUACACUGAGAACUGCCCCUUUCUUGAUCCAGGCUUUCGGUGCGUUCAAAACGGAAGAAAGGACGUAGACUAUCUGAAUUGGCGAUGGCAGCCAGAAGGGUGUGAUUUGCCAAGAUUUAAUGCAAGUGAAAUCCUAAACAGAGGCAGAAAUGGAAGGGUUGUAUUUGCUGGGGACUCUGUUGGCAGAAACCAGUGGGAGUCUUUCCUGUGCAUGCUUGCUCAAGGGGUUUCCAACAAGUCUUCAGUAUAUGAAGAGAACGGGAACCCAAUAACAAAACACAAAGGAUUUCUCUCCAUGCGCUUCAGCGAAUACAAUCUCACCGUUGAAUACUAUAGGGCACCUUUUCUGGUAUUCAUCGGCCGCCCACCGCGGAAUUCACCAGCUGGCAUCAAAAUGACAAUUAAGGUCGACCACCUGCACUGGUUUUCCAGGAACUGGGAAGGGGCUGACGUUCUGAUGUUCAACACAGGGCAUUGGUGGAAUGAAGAUAAAACCGUCAAGAUGGGUCACUACUUCGAGGACGGAGGUAAGGUUAACAUGUCGUUGAAUGUGAUGGAAGCAUUUCAAAAAUCUCUCCAGACAUGGAAGUCAUGGGGUGAAAAUUUAAGCCCUGAAGGGACACGUGUUUUCUUUCGUGGCUACUCCCCAGUACAUUACAGGAAUGGUACGUGGGCUGAGGGGGGCCGAUGUGAUGUUGAUAUACAACCAGAGGCGAACUACAUGAUGCUGGAACCUGAGCCAGCGUAUAACCAAAUAAUUUCUACUGUAAUCAAAGAGAUGGAUUAUGGAGACAGGAAGGUUCGGUUCUUAAACAUCACGCAUCUGUCACAGUUCAGGUACGACGGUCACCCAUCUCGUCAUCGAGAGCCCGGCACUCCGGUUGAUGCUCCACAGGACUGCAGUCAUUGGUGCCUACCUGGAAUACCAGAUACAUGGAAUGAAAUCCUAUAUGCUAAUUUAUUGUCAAUGGGAUUCAGAAACAGGUGAUAUUAUAUAGUGUAAUUUACCAGUUACCUAAUCUUGAAGGGUUUUUGGUCA